AUGACUAUCCCAUCCGGAACAUACGUGAUCACCUCCAAGGUGAACGACCUCCACGUCGGCCGUCCACUUACAGAGGACCGCUCGUUGUUCCCAAAGCGCAUCGUUGUCUUGCCUCAGGAUAGCAACAACACCUCUGAAAUCUUCUGGGUUGUUGAGAAAACCGAGGAGGUGUACAUCCUCAAGGCGAGGGGCAGUCCUGUUGCGCCCCACGAGGGGAAGCUCUUCGCCGAUCUCGUGGGCGAGUUGGAGCAUAAGACCUGGUUCAUCGUGUCUCAGCCCCAGCAUGGAGAGAAUGUAUACACGGUCGAGAAUACCAGCGAUAGGAAGGGCUGGGUCGUCCCUCACCGUGCCGAGGAGUUGUCGCAAGUUGAAGUCAAGCCCUUGACUGCGACGGACAGUCUUCCCCCUCAGUACCCUGCCACGGAGCUCUUCGUCUUCAACCUAAUUCUGGAUGAUUAGACCUACUCUCGGAAUGCGAUACAUAUCUGCCAAAGGUCUCGAAGGAUACUCCGAGUCGGAACUGUAUGCACAGUGCCAUGUACCGUCAAUGUAGUCUGUUCUUGUGUAACUAUGAUCUAUCAAAUGCCAACUUUCGAGUGAUUUGAAUUUGAGCCAUCCCA